AUGUGCAGAACCCAAACUAGAGAUGACAUAGGAACCAACACUCCAGUAGUGUGCACCUUAGAAAUAGAGGCUGAAGAUGGGAGUGGCAGAGAAUUGACAAUUGAUUUCAUCAUGAGCAAAGUGAGAGAUAUUAAGAAUAAAUUUAAAAAUGAAGGCCUUAGCAAUUUUCUAAGCUUGACAAAAGUCUCUGCUGAUACUACAGAUAACUCAGGAACUGUUAACCAUAUUAUGAUGAUGGCGAACAACCCCGAGGACUGGCUGAAUUUCUUGCUCAAAUUAGAGAAAAACAGUGCCUCCUUAGAUGAUGCUCUUUUAAAUAAAUUGAUUGGUCUUUUCAGUCAAGCUAUUGAAGCACUACCUCCUGAUAAAUAUAGAAAAAAUGAGAGUUUUGCUCAAAUUCAAACGAAAUUUGCUGAGUUAAAAGCUAUUCAAGAGCCUGGUUAUGCACGUGACUACUUUCAGAUUGCCAGAGCAAAGUGCAAGAGGUUUGUUUUUGUUAACAUAUCUUUUGCACAGUAUGAGCUUUCUCAAGAUAAUUUCAGAAAAAGUAAACAACUUCUGCUGAAAGCUGUGGAAAGUGGAGCAGUCCCACUGGAAAUGCUGGAAACUGCCAUAUGUAACCUAAACCUAAAAAAAAAGCAACUCCGUUCAGAGGUGGAGAAGAAGAGUCUGUCAGGUUCUACCAUGUUAACAGCCCAGGAAUCCUCCUCUGGUUCUCUUGGACAUGUCCCGAAUAGGGACAUUGGCAGUGACUCCAGAGAACUGGUCACUAAAGCCUGGUUAUUUAAUGGAGAGAACAUACCCUCACAAGAGGCAGAAAUAGGUCCUCCAAAUCCUUUGAAGCAAACUAACAAAACUAAACUGCCUUGCCCAUUUGGAAAAGUUCCAAUUGACCUUCUAAACAGCCCAGAUUAUCAAGGGAAGAUGGAUAGCUCAGUUGUGCAAGCUUUUACAAAAAGACAAAAUUCUGGAUCAGAAUGCCGAGAUUUGAUUGUGUCUGGAUCUAAACCCAGUGGAAAUGAUUCCUAUGAAUCAAGAGGUUUGAAGUCUGUUCAAAAUAUCCAUCCCAAGGAGCAUGUGGUAUCAGAUGAAAAGAAUUCUGAAUUUCUUACUGAUUCGAUAACCCUGGAGAAUAAAACUGAGCCAAGCCUUCUAACUAAAUUAGAAGAAGAUAAAGAGUAUCAAGAUCCAAAGAUUCUAGGAAGUACAAAGAAACAAUGGCAGUCAACCAAAAAGUCAGAAUAUGUGAACCAGAACUCUUUGUUUCUUAAACUUUCCACUUGCUCACUUAUUCCAGCCAUUUUGACCUUCAGAGAUAGAGAAUAUACAAUCCCAGAAUGCCACUCUUCCUGUGAACAGCAUGACCACAUCGCCAAAAUCUAA